CAGGCCUGGAUGCCUCUGGUGCUCUGGGAUAAGGAGGCCUCUCCUUCUGUGACAUGGUGGCCAGAGGAAGAGGCCUGUGGAGCUGCAUGAAGAAUGCAAGUGUGUGCUCUGGAAGGCUGGAGCAGAAUCUGCCUUAAGUGUGAAGGCCCUCAGAGUGGAGCAUGGCCUUGAGCCUGGAGGGAGACCCUGUCCAGGGAAAGAGCUGAAGACCAGGAACUUCUUACUUCCUCCUUACUCAUCACUGUCUCCUUUUUCCAUUUCAGGUCCCAGGUGUGGCGCAGGGAGAGUUAGUUCAGCCUAGGCAGCUGGGGACUAAGGGCAACCUUAUACAUCCCUGCAAUCACGAGUAAGGAUUUUAGCUGCUCUGACUGGUGUGUGGACGAAAUAUCAUUCAUGUGCCUCCAGACUUCCUAGUGGCUCUGCUUCCCCUGCCAUUCCUCUUCUUGAAGUGGCUUCCUGGGCUUAGAGAGCACAUUCACUUAGAAUUUCAGAAGCUGAAGCCAGGAAAUGGACUCAGUGGUUGUUGAGGAUGUGGCUGUGGACUUUACACAGGAAGAGUGGGCAUUGCUGGAUCAUUCUCAGAGGCAACUCUACAGAGAUGUGAUGAUGGAAAUCUUCAGAAGCCUGACCUCAGUAGCUUCUCAAAACCUUAUUGACGGAGACAAGCUAUCCACUGAAAAUAUAAUAGUACGAUUCAUGAAAAAUGACACCUGGUCCUCGAUGGUAGGAGAAAUCUGUGAAUUGCCUGGCACUGAAGAUCAGAAUAACAACCAGAAAACACAUAUGAGGAGGUAUAUGUUAGAGAACCUCUAUGAAAGUAAUGAAGACAAUCAUUGUGGACAGACCUUCAGCCAGAUUCCAAAUCUUUCUGUGCUCAAAAGAACUAUGGAACUAUAUCCUUCUGAAUGUCUUGAGUGUGGAAAAUCCUUGAUGAAUCAUUCAUCACUUAAGCAUCAUAUCAAAUCUCACUCUGGAUGCAGUGCCUAUCAGUGUAAGGAAUGUGGAGAAGCCUGCGGUUGUCCUUCUUACCUCAGCACUGCAAUGAGAACUCUUACUGGACAGAAAUCCUAUGAAUGUAAAAAAUGUGGCAAGGCUUUUAGUCAGUCCUCACACCUCAAUUCACAUAUAAGAACUCAUGGUGAGAGUGGUGAGAGGCCUUAUGAAUGUAAGGAAUGUGGCAAAACCUUUCGUUACUCCUCAAACUACACUAUCCAUAUGAGAACUCACAGUGGUGAGAGGCCCUAUGAAUGUAAGCAAUGUGGCAAAGCCUUUCGUAGGUCCUCAUUCCUCACUUCACAUGUAAGAACUCACAGUGGUGAGAGGCCUUAUGAAUGUAAGGAAUGUGGCAAAACCUUUCAUCACUCCUCGUACCUCACUGUACAUAGGCGAACUCACAGUGGUGAGAGGCCUUAUGUAUGUAAGGAUUGUGGCAAAGCCUUUCGUAACUCCUCAGACCUCACAGUACAUAGGAGAACUCACAGUGGUGAGAGGCCUUAUGAAUGUAAGGAAUGUGGCAAAGCCUUUAGUCGGUCCUCACACCUCACUUCACAUGUAAGAACUCACAGUGGUGAGAGGCCUUACGAAUGUAAGGAAUGUGGGAAAGCCUUUAGUCGGUCCUCACACCUCACUUCACAUAUAAGAACUCACAGUGGAGAGAGGCCCUAUGAAUGUAAGGAAUGUGGGAAAGCCUUUAGUCAGUCCUCACACCUCACUUCACAUGUAAGAACUCACAGUGGUGAGAAGCCUUAUGAAUGUAAGGACUGUGGCAAAGCAGUUAGUGACUCCGCAAACCUCACUUCAUCUAUAAGAACUCACAGUGGUCAGAGGCCUUAUGAAUGUAAGGAUUGUGGCAAAGCCGAAUGUGGCAAAACCUUUCGUUACUCCUCAAACUACACUAUCCAUAUGAGAACCCACAGUGGUGAGAGGCCUUAUGAAUGUAAGCAAUGUGGCAAAGCCUUUCGUCGGUCCUCAUCCCUCACUUCACAUAUCAGAACUCAUGGUGAGAGGCCUUAGGAAUGUAAGGAAUGUGGCAAAGUCUAUAGUCACUCCUCACACCUCAGUCCACAUAUGAGAUCUCACUGUGGAGAAAGACCUUAGAAAUGUAUGGAAUGUGGCAAAGCCCGUUGUUAAUCUUCAGACCACACUAAACAUGGGAACUCACAGUGGUGAGAGGCCUUAUGAAUGUAAGCAAUGUGGCAAAGCCUUUUGUCGGUCCUCGCAC